GAUGGACUCUUUCAUGCUGCGUUGCCUGGUUACGGGCGGCGCGUGUAAGGGCGCGCGGGCGCUGCUCUCUCAGCUCGCGCGCUGUGAGUGAGAGUCUGGAGUCACUCAGAGCAGCAUGACCGGACUGAACACAGCAAGGAUGGAGGCGAAUGUAGUGGUGCUGGGAACAGACAGCGUGGGGAAAUCAGCUCUCACUGUCCGCUUCCUUACCCGGAGAUUUAUAGGGGAGUAUGGGGAUAUUGAGUCCAUCUUCAGUCACAGCAUUACUGUGGACGGUCGAGAGCAAACUCUGAAUAUAUGGGACUCCCCCUUUUCACAGGUCAUCACUCAUGAAACAGGUUGCUGGCAUGUCUCUCAGCAGGAUUUGUCUCCAGAGUCUACCACGUAUGAAAAAAGGCUGCAGUGGGCCGAUGGCUUCGUCCUGGUCUACAGCAUCUGUGACCGAGCCAGUUUCAACACCAUCGGCAAACUCCUCCAAAGCAUAAAGGCUACUAAGGACUACGCAGGCUUACAGAAUGUUCCUAUAGUUAUAGUGGGCAACAAGAGGGACCUGCACCACCGACGCACAGUGCUAAGUGAGGAGGGCCGGCUGCUGGCUCUGUCCGCAGACUGUCAGUUCUACGAAGUCUCGGCCGCAGAGAACUAUCACAGCGUCCUCAUGGUGUUCCACGGCCUGGUUAACCGCGUCAGGGAGUCCAGGUCGGCGGGCAAAAAGCCGGCAGGCAUCAAGGGCAUUGUCAAGAGCAUGUCUGCCGUGUUUGCCCGGAGGCGUACCGACUCGUUGUGAGUCAGGAGGAAUUACGGUGUCACUCCUGAUUUUGGUCCGAGGUGACCUACUUUAGAUGCCAGAACCGAUGCCAGGGUGGGCUGAUUCCUCUUUAGCCCCAGUGUUAGGGGUCUGGUGAGGAUCUGGAAACGAUGCCCUGUGGAUGUUCACUCAAAGCAGCACAACCACUACUUGAGGAAGAGGGCAGAGAUGCGUGAGAUGGUGGUAGCUGCUGUAAAAAUCCAUACAAUGAUGACUGUAACAUCAUUUUGAGGAAUCCAUUGAGGUAUAUGGGGGGCAGCAUGAAGGUCUGAGAGAACUAGCAUGUGUACAAGCUCAUAUAUGUAUUUGUAUUAAAAAAAUCAUAUGUCAGUGAACCUGCAAAUAUAAGAUAUGCCACAAAGAGGAAAGAUAAUUUGCUUAUUAACAACAAUUAUUAAGAUCUUGCAAGAAAGUAGGCUGCAUUGUUCCAUCUAAAAUAUGCUACUAUAUGUGGGCCAGAGCAGUGGGACAUCCUGAGUGAUUUAAACAUUCAGAAUUGUCUUUAUUAUCACAUGGUCACAAGUACCAGCACAAUAACAUACAAGGGGGAAACAGGACAGGAAGUCAAGGUGAGCCGCAGCACGUGCAGGCACUGCCAUCAUUUAUUUUCCAUCAGAAGGUAUACAAGCUGAAAGAAAAGGGGAAAAAACAUACCCCCUGACUGUGUCCUGAAGAGCACAGUGUAGGAACAUGCAAAAAUAACAGGACGGGAUAUUGGCUGAUCACCAACCCAACUUAUCCCCAACUCUCCAACUCAUGCCAAACCAUUUUUCCCUGAGAGUUAAGGACACUUCUCGACAAUUCAAUGCUUAGGGCUAUAUACUCUUCUAGCCCAUGCCUUGCAUUGGCCUGCCCCAAUAGGCUCAAUUUUAUCUGCUCCAAAUAGUCAUAUUCUAUUGGCAACAUUUUUCUACAGGGACUGGAGAAGCUGCACAUCAAUGGGCACAGUUAAAGUAGUUGAAUGCAUGUAUAAGGAGGAAUUUCCACAAUUAUAUGGACAUAAAGUGUAGCCUAUGUAAACCUGUGUUCUCUCUGCAACACAGGGCAGCAGCUUUUCCAUUCACUUUCCAUAACUCUCUUGUGAAUGUUAAAGUUGAUUAUGCAGAGGAAGCAACUGCAUAUUAGAGUUCUAUAAUGAAACCAUAAAAUCUAUGAAUGCAAUUUAAUAGACUGCAUUGAGAUGAAUGGUGUGCAGUUGUAAUCUGCUCAUGUCCUAGAGUCCUAGAGCCUCAUGUGUUCAGAAAAGACAAAGAUCAGACAGAUCACAAAUUGUACACAUGCAACAAUUUUAUUGAGAAAGUGUUUUGUUCAAACACAGUAUACAAUAUAAUAAGCAUGCAGUAAUAUGAGAAAAGCAUGUUGUAAUAUGUAACUCAGCAUAUGAGAGAGAUAUGAGAACAUUUGUUGGACUUGUUGAACAACUGAGCUUGUUGUUGGUCGAUGCCAUGUAUUGUUCUGUAUAUAUCAAAGUACUGUUUUCUACAUCUGUUUUUUUUUUUUCAUUUAAAAGAGCAAAUAAUAAUGUAUUUAAAAAGCAGUGAAAACAAUCAAUAAUUGAAGUACUGAGAUAAAUGGACCUCUAAUGAAAGCCUCAUAUCCAUAACGGUAUUAUGAUUUGUUAAAAAACAAUUAAAAAGUUAAAAAUUUAACGUUUUAUUGAGAAAAAAGUAUUGUCUGAUUCUGAUUUUUACUGAAAUAUAAUAAAGAAUUUUGAUCUACAGCUAAGGACCAAGAAUGCUUCUGUUGUUAUGCUAAGCAAA